AUUCUGGGGUCGGAGCCACAGCUGGUCUGGGACGGUCACUGUCCUGGGUGGAUUCUGGGGUUGGAGCCACAGCUGGUCUGGGGUAUUCACUGUCCUGGGUCUGUUCCAGGGUGGGAGCUAUACCUGGUCCUUGGCAGUCACUGUCCUGGGUCAGUUUUGGCGUCGGAGCCACAGCUGGGGAAUACACAGAACGUGCCGACACUCAACCCAGUGUGGUGUGCUCCUGGGUGCCAUCCCUAUCCCAGCCUGCGUCUCGCCUCAUCUCAUCCUUAGAUGCUGUGGGCCCUGAGGGAGAGGAUCACGGAGGCACUGAGUCACGACGGCUAUGUGUACAAGUACGACCUCUCCCUCCCCGUGGAGCGGCUCUACGACAUCGUGACUGACCUGCGUGCCCGCCUCGGUCCGCACGCCAAGCACGUGGUGGGCUACGGCCACCUGGAUGCUCUUCCUGCACCUGCCAUGGUCACCAGACUUACCCGACUUCAGAGCGACCGUCGGUGUGACUCGUGCGGUCAGUGUGGUAGUUACACUGAACGGUCGCUCUGAGGUUGAUGAGUCUGUGUUUCUGGGGUAGGCCCAAGGCAGCCAUGAUCCGUGUUGUAUUUUGCUAGAUCGAGUUUGUUUGUGUUUGCUGUGGGAUUUUGACAGGGGUCUUGGUGGGUGAUUCUGUUCUGCACUGUUUCUUCUGUCCGUGCUGGAUUUUGGUGUCAAAAUCAUAACAUGAAUAUUAUGCAGAACUUGCCAGUGGAACUGUUGGGCCUGGAGGUUUUUCGGGGGAGUAUUUUAAAAUUAUAGCUCCAUUUCUUUAAUAGCUGUGGGACUUUUGAGCUUUCCUUUCUUCUAGGUUGGUUUUGCUAAAUUGUUUUUCCAUAUUAGCAUAAAGCUGUUCACAUAUUCUUUUGUUUUCUUUGUAUGUAGCAUUUGUGGGAUGCCCGCACACCCUUUUUUUUUUGUGGAGACAGGGUCUCGCUGUCACCCAGGCUGGAGUGCAGUGGCAUAUUCAUGGCUCACCACAGCCUCAACCGUCCGGGAUCAAGCAGGCCUGCCACCUGAGACACACCACCAGGCCUGGCUAACAAAAAAAAUUUUUUUUGUAGGCCCAGUGUGGUGGUUCAUGCUUGUAAUCGCAGUGUUUUUAGGAAGCCGAGGCGGGAAGAUUGUUGGAGUCCAUGAGUUUAAGACCAGCCUGGGCAACACAGUGAGAUCUGAUCUGUACCAGAUAUAUAUUUGUAGCAGCAGCGUCAGGUGGAGCCAGCUGUGUGGCCAGGCUGGUCUUGAACCCCUGGCCUCAGGCAGUGCUCCCUCCUUGGCCUCUCAAAGCCAAAGAUGACAGGUGUGAGGCGCUCUGCCUGGGCAUUGUCUGCCGCUUGCAUUAGGAUUUCCUCCUUGACCCAUGGGUUUUGCAGAAGUGUAUUUCAUAAUUUCCAAAAGUGGUGGUUUUCCAGCUGUUUUAAAAAUUAUUGACUUUGUGUUUAUUGCAUUACACCCAGGAAACUUGGUCCUCAUCAGAUCAGGUUAUUGAAACUCCAUCAGUGGGCAGCUUGUGAUCAGCUCUCAUAACCGUACAGUGCUUGAAAAGAAUGUGCUCUCUGCAGUUGGUGGCAUCAGCAUUUGUACAGAUCCGUCAGAUAAAAUGUAUACAUUGUGUGUUCACUCUAUAUCCUGCUGAACUGCCAGUCCCCGAAAGAGGCGCUAGAAAUCCCCGGACAUCAGACUGAUGUUCUCCUGUGGCUUUGGAGGUUCUGAAGAUGUGUUCUC